UCGUUCCGGAUUUCUGGUUGUUACUCUGUCCGGGAAUGGAUCUGGUUAUUGUGUCUGAUCGCUGCUCCCUCUGGAGCCGGAUCCCGAUCCCGAUCCCCCUCCUCAUCGGGACAUUUAUCCUCCUCAGUGGAGGGAGAGACAGCGGAGCUGGGGCUCACUCCACUAAUUUCAUUGACGGAUGUAGGUUUAAUAUCUCUGGGGCCUGGACCUAUAUUCAGCAGUACGUUUAUGAUAAAGAACUGAUCGUGUACUAUGACUUUGAUCAGAAGAUAUACGUCGCUGCGAAGGACUGGGCGAAGGGGAAUGUGGACCGAUGGAAUAAAGAGGAGGCGGCUGGAACAUACCAGGAAGGGAUCCGAGUGUGUGAGAAUAAUGUUCCGGUCAUCAGCAAAGUGGUGUCCCGGAAAGUUGAACCAACAGUCACUAUCCGACCUAAAGCCUCUCAGCAUUCUGCACAGUCAGCUUUGCUCUCGUGUCAUGUCACUGGAUUUUACCCUCCUGAGAUUGAUGUCACGUGGCUGAAAAAUGGAGCACCAAUUCCUGAUGGUGUCAUCAACACUGUCCUGUUAUCAGAUGGUGACUGGACCUAUCAGGUGGAGGAUCUCCUCCAGUACCAGCCAGUGUCUGGGGAUAAAUACACCUGUCGUGUGGAACACAGCAGCCUGAGGGGGCCCAGAAGUGUGGAUUGGGAAGUACAGAAUGUCUCUCUAUCAGAGAGACACAAGAUCAUUGUUGGAGCCCUGUUCUUUGGGAUUGGACUGAUCAUCUUACUAGCUGGAGUGAUAAUGAGAUUAAAGAAUGCUAAAGCUAUCCUGGACUCCAGCAAUCAUGGUCCACGUCUGAUGGGUCCAGCUGUCAGCUAACUAACCUCUGGGAGAAUGUGUUCAAGACAUUGGAAUAAAUGACUUAAUUAAAUGACACAAUUAAACCGCUUAAUGCAUUGAGACCCCUCCUGACUCUCUAUAGCUUACUGGGUGCAAGGCUACUUUUCCUUUUUUAUGAUGUUUAAGAUUAACUUUAAGCAACGUUGAAAUUUGUAUGCUCUAGUAUCUCACUGCACACAUCCCUAUCAUCUGGUUCAAUGAUUAAACAUGUUGAAAUUAAGAAACUGGGAUAAGUGCUGGGUCCAUUCUGUAUCUCUACUUUCAAAAUAUGCACUUUUUAAAAAACUCGUCAGAUCUUCAACAUUGGCCUGGAUUAUCAUUGAGUUGGGGAGAUGCCAUGAAUGGCUAAAAAUGGCAACAGGACCAGAUUUCAGAAUUUCUGACCACUUGAUUGGAUUUUUGAUUUUCAGCAGUGCUUAAGGGUGUGUGCAGGUUUGGGUCACAAUCCCACAGUUUACCUGACCUGCUCUACAAUAGAGAUAGCCACAGCCUAGUUCUUUCACUCAACUCAAUGAAAAUUGCAGUUUAUGUAGAGUCAUGGUUCAUGGCACCUAUCAUGAACCGUACUCUGCCUGAGGUGGCUUUUUUGAAAGGAAAGUUCAAAAGCUCCUCAUGCCUCCCAUACCAAGCUAUUGCCCAUCAUUUGUUGUAGACUACAGAACCAAUGCAUUCUGUAGUGAUGACAAUUUAAGAAAUGCAUCGAAUGCUAAUGUAGACCCCAAACAUCCAUUUGGAGUGCUGAAACAGCUAAUCCCUGAGUAAGUAUUGCUUGACUGAUAGCUUUGGAUCUCUGCACAAUUCAGAUCAAUGUUUGAGCACAAGGUUUCAAAUACCCGUGAAUUGUUAGGGUCUGUUUUUAAAUGUGCUAUUUUCACUAGUCAGGAAUUUGACAAGUCUCACUAACUUACUAAAAUGAAUGUCCAGGCCUUUAUCUAUAAAUGUAUGCAAAUGCUACAAUGGAUAUUUGUCAUAGAAAAAAAUUGAUUAAAAUUCAAUUUUACUCA